GUGCCAUGGCUUUUGCAUCUCGAUGCACCUCAUAAACCGAAUGAAGCCUUGUUGAAGGAACUUCAUCCUGCUGUUCUUCAACUGGGUCUUUAUUUCUCUGAAUAUAAAAUUGUUGGCUCUAAUGCACGUUGUGUUGCCAUGUUGGAAGUGUUUUCAAAGGUUAUUUCUGAUCAUAAACCACCCUCGGACGCUACGUUUUCAAGACAUAUUCAAAAACAUUUGGACCCACAUAUUGCUUAUUUACUCAGCAUUCGUCCCAUGUCACUCAGUAUGCGAGAAUGUAUUCGUUGGUUGAAAAAAGAGAUGGCGGAUAUUGUGGAAGAAGACCCACCUUUAAGCGAUGCCGAUGCGAAAAAUCGCCUGACCGAACGUAUCAGCCACUUUAUUCGCGAACGCAUUACGAUGGCGGAUCAGCUUAUUAUUCAGAACGGAUUGACAAAGAUUCAGGACGGCGAUGUGAUUUUGACGUACGCGAAAUCAUCCGUGGUCGAGAAUCUCUUGUUGGAGACCCAAAAGAAGGGGAUUGAUUUCAAGGUGAUUGUCGUGGACAGUCGUCCUUUGUUUGAGGGCAAACAUUUGCUGCGUCGUCUCGUGGCAGCAGGGAUUGAUUGCUCGUAUUAUUUGUUAUCGAGUGUGUAUGUCGCGUUAAAGUCGGUGACCAAAGUGGUGAUGGGAGCGCACGCGCUGCUGAAUAACGGCGCCGUCUAUUCGCGUAUUGGUAGUGCGAUGGUGGCGAUGGCAGCGAGCGACAAGCAGAUUCCUGUCAUGAUUUGCUGUGAAACCUACAAGUUUGUCAAUCGUACGCAGGUCGAUUCGUUUGUACUGAAUGAACUGGGCGAUCCAGACGACUUGGUCCACACGACCCAUACACCCUCGGAGGAGGAGAGUGCUGUCUUGAGUUUGUGGAGAAAUCAACCUGAUUUGAGAUUAUUAAACUUGUUGUAUGAUGUCACACCCUCGAAAUAUAUCACUUUGGUCGUGACAGAAGUAGGUCUUAUUCCUUGCACAUCUGCACCUGUGAUUUGGCGUGAAUACAAUGAGGAAUUUGGCAAACGGAUGGCGUAGUAAAUAUCCAAGUCGACAGGACAGUCAUGGCACUAUGUCAAUGUAUACACAACCUAGACCUUUUCAAUCCAUUUAAAAUAAAAACCACAUCCCCUUUCCUCAUCUUGUGACAUAAAUGAAUCCUUUUUUUUUUUUUUUCAUUUAGCUUUUUUUGGAGGUUAAAAAAAAAACGAAAAAAAUGAUCAUCCUAUUGCAGUACAAUAA